CGCCCAAAGCUCGGUUCCGUGACUUCACGCGGGCGUAUAAAAUCGGUCCUCCACCGACGGGAGCCGUCAGUACGAAACAACACCUCUAACAGAGAAACUCGGUUCUCGGUCUGCUCACUAGCCUGCGAUAUGCACUUCUCAUUUUAUAAUACACACGUUUAGAUUUACACGCGAGGUAAUAGCGAAAAGAUAUUUAUUUAUCAGGGAGCACCACGAAACACAUAAACUCCUAUGCAACCAUCUUAUAAAUCAUAAAGAUAUUUUGCAAUUUUAACAUUGAUGAAUAUUGCUUGUCGAUCGACAGCAUUGAACCAACUUGUUGGUGAAUUAAUUUGCGAUAGAUUAAUUAGCUUGAAAGUCAAAUAUUAUAUGAUCAGAAUAAUUGUGUAAUUAUAAUGUGAUUUAUCGAGAUGAAUCUCUUCAAUGUGAUAAUAAUUUGCUCUGCAAACUUGCAAAUAAGAGACAUAUUCUGUGAUCAAUGUGUGAGUUGAUUUUAGCUGUCGUGUUUGGUUAGUGUGUUUAUUCUCCGUCAACAGUUUCUCACAAACAGCCCAAACUCGGUGCAACAGUGUGCAGUGAAAAAUGAAGAAUAAAGAUUAGACACGUAAAGAUUAGACUACACGUCUAAUAGGAGAGUGCAGAGAGAGAGAGAGAGAGAGAGAAGUAUAUCGUCCCACCGGAAGCUGCGAGAUGCGUCGACACUGAGGUCGCAAGAGCGAAAAUCUGUCAAGAUGCAACCACUCGUCCUUCCCUUUUUGCUGCUAUCUUUAACGUGCGGAGCGAGAUUUGGCAACGGUCAUCUGAUUGAUGGCAUUUUCACGGAGCCGACUUUGGAACCGGGUUAUAAUUUGGUGGCGGUGGUCCCGCGUGGCGCCUUGGCACUGAACGUGACCGAACUUCGUCGCACGCAGAACUAUCUUGCAAUUAGAUUGCAAAAUGGCAGUUAUUUAUUAAAUGGAAAUAAUGUUAUUAACUGGUCCGGCGAAUAUAAGGCGGUCGGAACGACAUUUGUUUAUCGUCGCCAGAGUCCUCAGAAUUUAGAAAGCUUUUCUGCUGCGGGCCCAUUACAGGAACCUAUAGAUGUCAUGGUUUUAUAUCAGGAACCAAAUCCUGGUAUUGUUUAUCGAUAUCGGAUUCCCGGAAAUGUAAAUUUAUCGAGAAGUAAUCAUCUCCUACACAAUGCAGUUUCCAAUAAAAGUGUUGAGCAUAGCUUACAAAAUAGGAGAUUUGAAAAUGGACCAACAAUAAAUAAUGAAACGUCUUCACCGUAUUCAUUACGACGGUACAGAAGAAGAAAAUUUAUCUGGAAAGCGAUUGGCUAUAGUGACUGUAGCAAAUCAUGCGGCGGAGGUAUACAGAUACUCAGGCACAUAUGUAUCAAAGAGCACACACAACAGCCAGUACCGGAGAAAAGAUGCCAUGCUUUGGAAAAAUUGCACGAAGUUCGUCUUCGAUGUAAUACUAUGCCAUGUCCACCAAGAUGGCGCGGCGGGCCAUGGAGUGACUGUUCUACUUCCUGCGGCACUGGGGUUCGUACACGAGAACUCGAAUGCGUACAAGAAGUGAAACCGUCAUUAACGAUGAGAAUCUCUGACGGUGCUUGUAUGGAACCAAAAAAUCUGUCAACAAGCGAGAUGUGCGAGAUGCCAGCAUGCAACGAGGAGAUCAAGCAAACGUCGACGCAGACGUCUGUUCAAUUAUCAGCACCGCGGUGGACUGUAGGUGUUUGGUCGCAGUGUUCCACAUCUUGCGGCACAGGGAAAAGAACAAGAGUUGUAACUUGCGUUACUGAAGAUACUCCGUGUGAUCUUUCGGAAAAGCCUGAAGCACAUGAAACAUGUGAUUCAGGCCCAUGUCUAACGAAAUCAACGCCAUUGAACGUUGUUUCUGCAAAGCUUCAGAAUCCGCAGUGGUUAUUUACUGAGUGGUCUGACCAGUGUUCGGCAGAAUGUGGGACUGGAGUUCAAACUAGAAGAGUUCUUUGCGAGACAAGCUCUAAUGAAGAACAUUGCGAUGAAUUAAGUCGACCUGAGACUUCUAGAGAUUGUUUGAGCAACAGAACUUGUAGUGGUCAAUGGUUUACAGGACCAUGGACGGAGUGUUCCUCAAGCUGUGACAUAGGCGAGCAAGUUAGAGAUGUUGUAUGUGUUACAACUCUUAGAGGCUCUUUACGAGUCGUUUUAGAUAUGAAUUGUCCUGCGAACAAGCCGGAAAAUAGAAAAUCGUGCAGAGAGAGUCCUUGCACCUCUGCUUGGUUCAUAUCAGAUUGGACACCGUGUUCACGAUCUUGUGGUAAAGGCAUUCAGAAACGCGAAGUUCGAUGUCUAAAUCCAGAUGGUCAAUUACCAGAAUCAUAUCAGCUUCAUUGCCGUGAGGAAGAUCGACCAAUAUCUCGAAGGACAUGCAACGAUUAUCCCUGCAGAGAUGAUUUAAGCACACCUGAACAUUCUCAGAGAAUUUUACAAAUCCAAGAUGACCCCGAAAUAACAAAUGGUGUUGAAGACAAUCCACUUUGCAAAGACAAAAUGGCUAAUUGUAAUUUAGUCACACAAGCUCGGCUUUGCUCUUAUCAAUUUUAUCAAGAAUCAUGCUGCUUAUCGUGUUCUCGAGGCAAGCAGGAUUUUGAAUAGAAAUCUCUCCCUUCCCCUCCCCGUGACAAUCAUACUCAUAACUUUUUUUAAUGCAAAAAACUGCCUUUAGUAGUGUUUCCUGUUAAUAUGCAUCGCCAAAUAAAAUUUUAUUUUUGUCGUUUAUUGAUACAAAUAAUUUUUGAUAAUUAAUAGAUAGUAAAAAUUUUAUACGUUCUAUAUACAUGUAGAAGUGUGGAUAUGUAUGCAAAGUAAUUUAAUACACAAUCCACGACUUUGUUAAUAAAUUUGAGCAAGAUAUUUGAUAAAGAAACAAAAGAGACUGAUUGCGUAUGUAACUGCCAAUUUGUUAUCGUUAUCGUUAUUUGAUGCAGCAUUUAAAUCCACAUUUGUUCUCACAUAACUAUAAAUGUACAUCAAGCAUUAAUAAACGUUACGCUUUCUGAGUUGUUGUUCACUU